AUGUCUUAUGCAAUCGCUAGUACGUAUGAUGCAUAUGGCAGACAAGUAACUCAUGCAGUCGCUGAGACCGACCAGGCAAAUUCUAAGGACAAAAUCGAAGCCCUUGUGACUGCUGGGGCAGAUUUGAAUGCUCGAGAGCUUCUAGAAGGUAACACACUGCUCCAUUUCGCGGCGGGUAGCAGAAAUUACUCUUUAGCCGAGUGGAUUUGCCGGCAGCCUGGCGCAGAUCUUGGGGCUAUCAAUUUCCUGCAUGAGACUGCCUACAACGUGGCCUGCAAAGUUGGAGAUUUCUGGAUGAAGGAGCUUUUGAGGGUAAACGGCGCAGUAUGCGACGAACCGGCAGAAGAUAACGAAAUUCUUGACCUGACUUUGAGAAACGAACAAGGCGAAAACCUGGCGCAUUUCCUUUGCCACGGGGACAUCAACAAUCUGAUGUUUCUGCACGACGUCAUAGACAAUGAUAGUAGGCAUUGUUUGAUGGAUUACAACAAUAAACAACAACAAUGCGUACAUGUGGUCGCAUCGGAACCCGACGCUGUGGAGAAAAUGAAGCUCCUGAUCCUGUGGGGCGCUGACAUCAAUGGAAAAGAGCGUAAAAACGGCGAUACUGCUUUGCAUAUCGGUGUCAAGAUGAACAACUACGAGCUAGUGGAGUGGCUCUGCAAACUGCAGGAUAUAAACCGGGAGUUGAUGAACAACGAAGGUAUGACUCCUUUCCAUAUCGCGUUUAUGAAGAGGGAUGAGAAAAUGAUGAGAAUAUUAAAAGAAAAUGGCGCCACGGGCAGACUUCCUCUGCAGUCGGAAUCAAAUUCUGCAGACGAGGACUACGAGCCUAACAAGAAAAGCCCAAACCAAGUGUAG